GGUACCAUUCGCAUAGCCUCCAAUUCGUCUCCGACGCACAAAGCUAUACAGGUUUUUUAAACGUUAUGUUAGAUGGGAGGAAAUGCCGCCAAAUGCUCUGCAACCCAUGUAAGGGAUUUUAAGGAAUCCCCUCCAUCGAAAUGGGCGAGCAGGAGUUCCGCCAACCACAGUUUUCGCAGGAUUCGGCUUGGCUUCCAACAUGGCUUCAGGCACAUUUCUUAGAACGUGGCAUGCAACCGGGCAACAGUAAUUCUACAUCCAGGAUAGAAUGCAAGGCUUUGGAAGGUUUGCUUGAAAGUAUAAGGAAUGGAGAAGAGGCUGCAUGUUGCUCUGCGCUGGGACAACAAAUUUGCUCAUUAAUUUUUUCAGGCGAUGAUUGUACUGCAUCAGAUAGGAGCCAGUCAAUUGAAAAUUUGCAGGAACUAGCUUUUUAUCUAUCUCUGUCCUCAGAUAAUGAUGUGGAACUUUCUGCAACGAAAGCUAUUGUUGGUCCUUUACAAGAAAAACAUCACUGCAAUGUAACCCUGGACAAGCCAGAGUUUGUUAGUGGCAUAAAUCAAAGUCUCUGUUCCCAACGAGAAACCGGGAAUCGGAAAGAUGCGACUGAGGAUCUGAUGCGUGUUAAUGUUUUUCCUGGAAAAAAAAUCCCAACUCAAGAUGAAUGUACACCCUGUACUGAGCUAUAUGUCCCUGAAAAUAUCCAACAAGGAGAUAAUACAAAAAGUACCAUUUGUGCUGUUGAUUGUAGUGCCACCUUUUUUGCUACAAAAUCUGAAGUAUUGGACAGUAAAACAAUACUGUGUUCUGCAUGUGAUACAUCAAACACUGAAACUUUUGUCCCUCAGCAGAUUGUUAUGGGAAGUGACCAGAAGACAUUACAACAACAAAGUGGAAAACAAGAGCUACUUGAUAAGAGGGAGGGGCAAUUGAGAAAUAAAACAAGUGAUAUAGAUGCUGCAAUUGGACUUACUGUAGCAGCAGCUGAAGCAGUAGUUAUUUCAGACUUACUAGAAACCUGCAGGUUAUCUGAAAGCAUUGGUUCUUCUGAAAUACUGGAAGCUGCCAUUAAACUUAAACAAGCACGAGAAAUGUGCGGCCUGGACAAAUUUUCAGAUUUCUCCUCUGGGCCUAUGGAUGAAGUUGACGAUUCUUGUUUGGAUGAUUUAGAUGAUAAUUACAUGGAAGAUGCCUUUGCAGAUGUUGGCCUUUUUGUAAUGGAAAGUAGAACACCUCCGUUUGGUCUAUGCUCUGCUGAUGUAUUUGAAUCUGAAGAUAGUAAAAGAAUUACAGGUAAAAAGAAAUGUUCAAUCUUACCUGCACGAGACAAGCUUGGACAUCCUUCUGAAGAGAUGGGAUUUACCCUUUCAAAACUAGAAGUGAAGGUUGCGGGAUCUGAUGACGAGAAAGAUGAUGGAGUUCAUGUUUCCAUAGCUAUGGCUUCCUUUUCAGAUUCAGGUGAUCGGGGGUUACAUAACAGGGUUGUUAAUACCAAAGGUCAGCAGAGUGAUAGUAUGGGAAAAGCACAGAUCAUCCUGAAGCAUGCUGUUGGGUCCACUGUUAAUCAUGAUGUCAAUACCAAGCCAAGUGAAAGUGGUCUGUUUGUUACAUGUAUUACUAGAUCUUCAGAAAAUAGUCUUGACAAGGAUAUGAAUGCUAGACAAUUAGAACAGAGCCCACCAUUCAUAGCAUAUGAAAAAUCUGAUAAAGACACUUCUUUUGAGACUGAUUUUCCAUCUAUAGAAAAUCUGGCUCAUUGUUCACAUGAGUCGGCAAAUGAAACAAUAGAGAUUGUAUCUGCAACGCCACAUUGUGACAAUGAUGCAGUUUAUAAGGGAAUGAACUCUGAAAGUGAAAAAGAAACAGCCAAUUCUGUUCAAUCAAAUGUGAUAAGCUCUCCAUCCUGGCUUCAUCUUCCAGGAAAUAAAGUCGAGGAAAUUUUGAGACCUGAUAUCUCUGAAUCUUGUGAUUCUGUGGAGUGUCAGAACCAAAUUCAAACUGGAAAUCAUCACAGCAAAGGAUCAGAAAACGCAGAUUAUAUGCAAGAUACAAUAAUACCUCUGAGUGAGUGCCUGAGACCAUUUGCUAGCCGAUGGUUUGGAGGCUGGACAGGAUUGGAUAAACAAAUGGAGACAAAUAAAAAGAGCGAGGUCACCAUACGCAUACAAAAACGAUAUGUGGAGGAGAUCAGCCACUUCACAGAGUCUUUGGAUAGAGAUGAAGGAUCUGCUGCACCAGUGCAAUCCUUUUUCACCCGAGUCUUAAAAUUGCCGUUGAAUAAUAUCCAUCCCAUCUCAAAGGUGCACAUUGAAGAUCUUAGCACCAACAAUGAAGUAUCUUAUAGUUUGACUCAAAAUUCUGCAAGGUGUUUGAGCUCACCUGUGUAUGAUCCCCUGUGUUCCAUGGUACCUUGCAGCAUACCUCAGGAAGAUGAUCUUCAUACAAAAAGAAAUAAUGUAGAUAUUUGUGAAGGAGAUCAAAAUUGUUCUGGUAAACUUUGUAUAAAAAGUUCUGUGCAACUCCAUGAAGGUUUAAAACCUAUGCCAGAGGAAAUAAUGGUAGAAUUGAGCAAACCAUCUGAGCUGAACCCAUUUAAGGAUUCUGGACAGGCUAUAUCCAGGUUUAACUGUGAAUCACAGUUUUGUGCAAAACGCAAAAGAGUUGAUUCACUGAAGCACUAUAGUACUCUACCAGGAGUUCUUCAAUGCGAGUCUAUUGAGGUUCCCUGCCAAACAAAGGAAACAGGCUUUCUAGGAGGCUCUAGUAACGACAACUUCUCUAUGGAAAGUUCGAAGCUAGUAAGUCCUGGUGCUGAUAUAGUCACUCAUAUUAAUGACAAGAAAUUUGUAAAUAUGAAAACUGGUGCUCCGAGGGAGUUAGAUAUCCAGGAUUCUGGGCAGAAGUUAACUAGAGUUUGUCUAAGUGCUGGUGCUGGUAUAGGCAUUCCUAGCAACAGUAACAGAGAAGUUGCACAUAAACUGCCUGAUGUUCUUUUAGAGCUUGCACCUACGAGUCUGACCAGAGAUGUAGGAUAUCAUAAUGGUUCAACUGACAAAGGGACACCUGGCAGAAACCUAAGCAUGUUUCAGGACCAUCGUAAAGAUGUGGUCGCCGUAAAUAGCAUUGCCACUGGAAAUCGUAGUGAGCACAAGGACUUUGACUGUACACAGAAUGAUGUUGGUAAUCUUGGGAUGGAACUUGAUGUUUCCCUUGAUGUUGAAGAAUCUUCUCCAUUACUAUUACAUCGUAGGAAGAGAAGAUUUAAAGCUGCUCGAAUUAUUGAAAGUGGUUCAAAAGAUAAUAAAUGGGACAAAGGCGCUUCAACAUGCCCAAAUCAAUCUACUGCUCCAGGUUCUGACAAUGUUAAAUGCUUUGAACUUGCAAGGAAAGUCUUUGGCUGUACUGAUUUGUGUCAACAAGAAUCACAUGAACAGUUAUCCUCAAAAGUACAAGACAUAAAAAAUAAAAAGAGAGUACAUUUUUCAGAAAAAAAUAAAAUUAUCGAACACCAGGCAGGUAUUGAUAACUGCCAACAAGAUCACUAUCAAAAUUUGUGUACAUGGUCCUCUGAAAAGCACAAAGAUGGGGUUUUAUUUAUAUUUCUUUUUAUAUGUGGAUCAGUGUAUUCUGAUGUUUCUGGAUUUAGAAAUCUAUUUGAAGCAUCACUCAAAAUGCAGAGUGUUGAAGUGGGAAAGAAGAUAGGAAAGCGCUUCAGGAAAGGUAAGAAUAAGAAAGAAAAGAAUGGGCAAGAUAUGAUAUUUCAGGGCCUAGACUUUCUUCUAACAGGACUGUCUACUACUAAAAAAGCCGAGCUCGAGAAACUGAUCAGAGAGAAUGGUGGUGUUGUGCUUCCAAAUCUUCCGCCACUCUUACGUAUGCAUAUGAGAGGAAGACCAAAAACAGAUGACCUGGGUAGAAAUUAUCCCAUUGUUUUAUCUUCACAGCAGGUACACACAACUAAGUUCUUGUACGGUUGUGCAGUUGGAACCUUACUCUUGCAACCUAGUUGGAUUGCUGAUUCUAUUGCAGCAAAAUGUUGCUUGCCUUUUGACAAAUAUCGACUACAGUCAAAUGCUGCAACCUUAAGAACUUGUGACAAGCAAAAACACAUCAAUGCAACGAUUGAAAAUGCUAUGCCUUUAUUUAGUGGCAUGGGAAUUAUGUUAUAUGGGAGACCUACUUUUUAUUCAAAGCUCACGAUUCUUAUAAAGCAUGGUGGAGGUCUCGUAUUUAGGACUAUCAAAUCUUUAAUACAUGGCCGUGAGUCUGGUAGAGCUGCCUUGGCAGUGAUCAUUGUGGAGAAUGUGAGGGCAGCACCCCGGCAUUUGAGGCAAUGCGCUGCAGAAUAUAAGUUACCUGUGAUGUCAGGAAAUUGGGUAAUUGAGAGCUUACUUCUUGGUCGACUGCUACCUUUUUGGUCAAAUGUUUCGUCUGGUUUACAGUCUCUUGGGAAAAGAAGGUAUUUUCAGAGCUCACUCAUAAAGAAGACCUCCAGAUGCUGCAACAUAACUAAUUCAGGCACAGCAAGUGUUUCGGGAGUUAAGUAUAUUGGUGCUGUUGAUGACGAACCAUCUAAAAAUGUGAAGGAUGCUUUUAGCAAAGAGGAUAUACAACUUGACGGAUUGUCUAUUGUGUGUAGUUCAGAAGUCUCAGCCAUUCCUUUUGCAGUUCCAAAACUGGGCAUAAAGCUCCCAGGAAAAUAUGCAGAACUUCCUGCCAAACAGAAGCAUCAAGCAAACUAUCUAUAUUAUCAAUAUGUGGCCUUAAAUGGUGCUCGUUAUUCAGUUGGUGAUGUUGUGGAGCUAGAACCCUUAUCUGAUGCAAAAGGAUUAAGCUUUGCUUGAGUUGAAAGCCUUUGGUUGGAGCAAGUAGCAAAGAUGAAACCUAGAAGUUACCCAGUUAGAGAUUCUUCUGAAAGAAUGUUUCUACAUUGUAGAUGGUUCUAUCAGCCCUCUGAUACUUGCUUUCCAUGCUCUGGUUUUGGAAAAGAAACAUAUUUUUCUAAUCACUUUUCUGAUGUACCAGUAUCAAAAAUAAAAAGAAGAGUCUCGAUAGUUUUUAUGGUGGAAGGCAAGAGGUUUCCGCUGAAUGGUCAAUGUGAAAAAGAUAUGAAAUCUUCAUCUUGUGUCAGGGUAGAUGAUCGGAUUACUGACUUUGUAUGCAAGUUUUUCUAUGACCAUGAAAAUGAGUCUCUUUAUCAGAUUAAAUUUGGUUCUUAGAAGAUUUAUGUACUUGUGGUGCCAUCAGGAAACCUAACAAUUGAUUUUAUCUCAAGGUAUGAGCCACUUGUAAGAUUAUUUGCUUUGUUGUCUGACAACUAUGCUGACACAUGGGGAAUGCAUAAUUGCACUUGAUUAAUGUAUUCAUAAAUAUAAUGUAAUCAACAAAUUGCAUAUUUUAUAUAUGCUGGACAUAUUGAAACUUAUUAUAGCAACACCUCCAAAGGAUUUAUGCUUAAAUUGUCC